AUGGGGAGAUCACGAUCAAAAAGUGCCAACAAGGACGUCUCGGCGCGCGAGGAGCCGGAGUUCACCGUCUUCAAGAAUUUGCCUUUGGAGCUGCGAAUUCUGAUCUGGAAGGAGAGUAUCCCCGAGCCCAAUAUCGUUCGCAUUAAUUAUAAAUACCACUUGAGGAUUCCUGAUGCCAAACCCGACGAUUUCACGGUGUGCUACGAAAUUCCAGCAAUCCUCCACACAAAUCAAGAAGCUCGUCGAGCUGCAGAGUCCGUUUACGACAAAGCAUUCCCGAAAAAUCUUGGCAGAUACGUUUAUUUUGACUGGUCGCGCGACGUCCUCGUUUUCAGAACCGAAAUCGCGGCUUCUCGGUUCUUCGGUUUUGAGAUGGUGCAACCAAUACAUAUGAAUUGGACUACACCACCCGCAUUUAAGCUUUCUGCCCCAGUAGAGAAAAAGCUUACGUUGCUUGGCUUCGAGAGAGACUGUUACCGUUACCAUUCUAAUGCAUUGGUUCCAUACAUGAUGCCACGAGAAUUGGAACAUAUGGGAAGCCCUUCACACAUCGUAUUUCUUCGAGAAUAUGGCUGUCCGUUGCAAAAAGAUUCCAUCACCAUCCGGCGCAUGAAGCGAGAUUGGGAGCACAAUCGAGAUCAACCCGACUCUCCGCACGCCGAGUCCACCUACGAAUACCCAGAUGUCUCAAGUCUCAACUGGGAACAGCUGCGGCAAAAAUUGAACGAACUUCACAAGCCCUCCACGUUGGUCGCAUCAGAACAACCAUCUCAGUCCGAGAAGACGAUGCCAGAAAUAAAGCCUCACUCCGCCGCUCUGGUCGUCUCCAAGUGA